UCUGUAAGUAUUUCAGAGACCGUCACUGUAACAUGGAGGAUGUAAAUAUGCAAGCAAUCGAAUCACAUUUAGCACACGAGCUACUUAGUACGAGGCGCAGAGUUUGAGCAUUCGGACAUGAAGCUAUUCGCCACCCUGAGGCUUGCGCACGCGCUCGCCCCUCAAGCACUCACGCACACGGCCGGAUCCAAUGAACUUCAACGUCAUGGAACUUGCGCAUAUCACCCCCUUGGUAAGCCUUGGUCAAAGCCUUGGCACUCGAGGUUAUGCACAUGCUGUGACGAGGGAUGCGGACGCAGAAGCGGCUCUUCCCGGAGUCUGAAGCCAGCGUGUGGCAGGAGAACGCAUACUACUUACCAAGGUCCUUUCGCCGCCGCUCCCUAUCGGACCUCCGCAAUACCCUGGGAUAUGAUGAUGCAUAUUGGAGAAGGUAGAGGUCGACCGACGGCCGGCGCCUCAGUGAUUCGCUGCAUUCUCCGACCCAGCGAAACCUAGUCCGCGAAGAAGACGCGAACCAUCGUGCCCCUCAAUAGAAAGCAAUCAUGAACGCUUAGAGCCUCGCAGAGGAAGCGACGGAAGCCUCGCAGAUGAAUCAAUGAA